AUGUUUCAGGUCCGGCCAGAACAGAUUCUGUUUUCUGUAUCCAAGCCACCGAAAUAUGGGAAACUACUGGUCGGCUCGAAUGAAACCGGAAAAUUCAGUCAGCUCGAUCUGAAUCGAAAUCGUGUUGUCUACCAGCCCUUGGGGACUGCACAGAAGGAAUGGACAAGAAAAGACUCAUUCUAUUUCGUGCUCCAGAGGAACGGAUCUGACAAACCGAUAGAGGAAGAAUUCAGAUUCCGCAUCGCAUCGACAUACGCUGCUCUACAUGACCCUACAGAAAGCUAUGUGAAAACUUCGCCGCUUAAUAUCUCAAAAGGAGGAUCAGCCGCGUUGACCAAAGCUCACCUUGAUGCUUCGACCUUGGCAUCAUCGGCGGAGAAAGAGAACUUAAUUAUCGAAGUGUCUACACCGCCACGUUAUGGAGUGCUUGAAUUUCUUGACGGAGCCGCUGCAUCGAUGCAUUGGUCUGAGUUUCAGAGUGAACCCAAAUUGAUCUACAGGAAUGGGGGUGAGGAGUCUCGGGACGAUUCCGUGACGUUCUUCAUCUAUCCGGCCAGUGAGAAAACUCGUCGUAGUAGCCGCUUACGGGUAACUGUACCAAUACAUAUCAGAGCACCACGAGAUCCUCUAGUACAGGUAUCCAGAUUCCCGUCAUCCAUUUCACUACGGAAUUCUGGUGCCGUUCCGGUUACCGCCAAACUCUUCCACGCAUCGCAUCCACACGUACCGCCACAGUCCAUUGUUUAUGAGCUUAUACAUCCUGGUACUGCAGGCACGGAGAUUCGAGUGAGCGGUCAGAAGAAAACGAUGUUUAGCCAGCAACAGGUCAACGAGGGUUUGGUAUCGAUUGGUCAUGUGCCGUCGAACGAUGGCAAUGUCAUCCUACGACGUGGUCGCCCUAUCUGUUGA